AUGAGGCGAUGUCUGUGGUUGCACUUGCUGGACGACGACGACGAUGCCAACGACGAGGCUCUCGAUGCUCUUAGCAAACUCCGCUUGUUCAGAGCACGAAUAUCCUUAAAGGAACGACACUACCUGACCAGCAAUGUCCUCGUACCACCCAACGCGAGUCCAUGGACAGUGUUAUAUGGUACGAUAGACCGCAGUGCAUUCAUAACAACCGUGUCCUUGCCACCCGACGCCUUUCACAACCUGCUGCACGAGUUUUCCAAGCACUUCACCUGGAAGACCCGAAUCUUCAAGUCAGGACGCCCCCCCAAACUGCCGCACAAGCACCAAGCAUUGGCACUUGUCCUCCACUACUACACUGCGGCAUGCGAGCACAAGACCAUGUGCGAAAUGUUUGGAGUCCCUCCGUCGACGUUUGCAACGACGCUCCGAAAGGCUGAGGUCACGUUGGGACUUGCGUUGGAGAGCAUAGACCAGGCGAGAGUUCAUUACCCAUCGAAACGGACGCAAAUGGAGUGGGCACGGCAAGUGGCCGAACGGGAGCCGUUGGUGCAUGGGGUGUGGGGUUUUCUUGACGGCAAGAAUUAUCGUGUGAAGAGCCCGUCCAGUGCGGACCUUCAGAACGCAAUGUUCAACGGCUGGUGGCACAGCGUCUUUGUGACGGGUACGCUGCUUUUUGGCGCCGACGGAACGAUCGUUUGGUGCCGACACAACUUCGUCGGAAGCUGGAAUGACGGCGACACCAGUAUCAACCUGCAGAUGAAGCUGCUGGACGGCAAGCGAACAGCCGCAGGUCACGGUGUGGUGGCCGACGCUGCGUUUCCUGUGCGUGGUGAACUGCGGGGGAAAAUUCGAACACCAUUGAAAGAUGGCGACUUGGACCGCGCGUCACCGAUUUGUCGUGAGGGCUUACUUAUGAUGAGCAAUGCCAUCACUUCACUCCGACAAGCAGCUGAGUGGGGCAUGGGGGCAGUUGAAAAAGUAUAUCGUCAACUACUAUUGCCGUUGCCGUUUGAUCCGACGCUGCGUCGACUGCGUUUGAACAACAUGUUCCGCUUGUACAAUUUCAGGCAACACUUGGUCCAUCUUGGAUUGCCGUUCCUCACGAAUAGCAUCAACUUGUUCUUGACGACGAAGGCGUUCUUCAUGGCGUACGCGUUCACGCUCCUCCCUGGCAGAUUGCACCGCACCACUGUCUCCAAUGUCUGGGAAGGUUUCAAACGCAACAGUCGUAUGCCGUCAGGCAAACUAGGGCGCGUCGGCGACAAGAAGAUCAACACAGCUUCCAUUGUAUCUACGCUCGUCAGUGAGGUCCCGGAGGAACAGCGCUCGACAAUGCGCGACAUCUCCCAAGCCACCGGACUGUCCAUGGGCACGCUGAGCCGACGCCUAAAAGACGGAACGAUUGAGCGCAAGAACACUCGUCUCAAACCGCUGCUGACGGACGCCAAUACUAUCGAACGUACCGAAACACCACCAGAAGUGACCUACGAGUUUGACGCCAUGUGGGACGUUGUGCACCUCGACGAGAAGUGGUUUAACGCGGACAAAGACCGCCGAAAGGUGUACGUUGUCAAAGGGCAGUCCAUCAAGCGGCGUACGGCGAAGAGUAAGCGAUUCAUUCCUAAAGUUAUGUUCCUGGCAGCAGUGGCACGUCCUAGACACGAUGAUGAGCGUGGUGUCAUGUUCGACGGAAAGAUCGGGAUGUGGCCUGUCGUGAAGUACCUGCCCGCCGCCCGCAACUCCCGCAACCGCCCCGCGGGCACGAUUGUCCCUACGAUCGUCAACGUUGAUGCAGUAUUGCCAAGUUUCAAGGCCAAGUUUCCAAGCGUCAACAAGAGAGUGGCCCUUCAACAUGACAAUGCGACGCCGCACGGCGCUAUCACCGACGCAAUCUUGGCCUGUGUGUCCACCGAUGGUUGGACGUUUGUGGUGCAGCGCCAACCGCCCAAUAGCCCAGACCUGAACGUGCUCGACUUGGGGUACUUCGCCUCCAUCCAGUCUCUACAAAACAAGGUGGUGAGUCACUCCAUUGAUGACGCGAUUCAAUCGACGCUUGCAUCCUUUGAGGCGCUCAGCUCUGAAAAGCUUGAGAAUGUCUUCCACACUUUUCAGGCCGUCAUGCGUCUUGUGCUUGAGCACAACGGUUCAAACCACUUUCCCUUACCCCAUCUCAAGAAGGACGCCAAGCGACGCGCCGGGACACUUUCGGCAAACUUGUCCUGCCCAGCUUCCCUCUUAGGCUAG